GAUGUUCCUUCAGGCCAAUCUCCACCACGCCAUAGCGGCCACAGCGGUCGUAGAGAAGCUUUUUGGCGAAAAUGGCCUGGACAUCGCCCUCAUACAAGAACCAUGGAUAAACACCAAGUCCAUGGCAACAGGACUCAACAGAGCAGGAAAGAGCUAUGCAGUGAAGAUAUAGUAGCUGCCUACGUCGAUCUCAAAGGGAGAGGAGCACUGAAGGUAAUAGUCUGCUCCGCCUACCUGCCCGGAGAGAAGCAAGACCCCACAGAAGAACUGACUAAAGUGCUAGAGUACGCUCAGGCACAAAAGGCGGAACUUAUUGUGGGUUGUGAUGCCAACGCCCACCACACCAUCUGGGGGAGCACUGGAAUCAACAAAAGGGGUGAGUUACUAUCCCAAUUUAUCUUUACCAAUUGUCUGCACUUGUUGAAUAAGGGCAACACGCCCACCUUCGUAACUAGAGCUAGGCAAGAAGUAUUAGAUAUAACCUUCGCUACUGAAAAGGCGGCAAGCUGCCUAGCCAACUGGCGUGUCAGCAGCGAAAAUUCAAUGUCGGACCACAGACAUAUUUUGUUCAGUGUUAAGGACUCUCUAGAUAGGGAACCACUAACGCGUAGAAAUCCAAAAGAAACGUCAUGGGAAGCCUAUAAGGCUGACCUGGAAAAUCGUCUAAAGGAUGUACCAAAAUAUGUCAAAACACCAGACUCUCUCAACCUGACAGUUAAUCUAUUAUCUGAAGGCAUACUUAGGGCCUACGAACAAAGCUGUCCUUUGAAAGAGGCAAAAACUACUAACACAACGACGUGGUGGAACAAAAGGCUAGAAAACCUCCGUAGGUCUACACGUCGCAUAUUCAAUCACUCGACCACGCCGAAUGAGUGGGAAAGGUAUGGUAGAGUGUAG